AUGAAGCCUUUCGGCACUGUGGGGAGACCUGGCUAUGACCGCUGUGGGCGGCCGCUGGAACUGUGCCAGAGGCCCUCCACAUGCUCCCGGCUGCCCGGCCGCAAGCUAAGCGGUCGCUCCCACACACACUCAGAUGGUGCCAACCACAUUGUUUGGUGCUCGGCCACCCCUGAGGCGACUGCUCAGCAGUUUUUGGAAGCCCCCAGUGCUGGAAUACCACAGCCACUCCGCCCAUAUGGCUAUCUGAAACAGAGCUUGAUAUCCAUCUGCACCCCCCAGCAAAGCAGCCCAGGCGAUCAGCCAACUCUGUCCGAAACAGGUGGCCCUGGCAGCUCAGGAGGCGGGAAACAGGGCGGAGGUGGGGAUGGCAGCGAUGGCUGGCAGCCUGAAGAUGGCAACCCAUUUGAAGACCCAGACUGGAUUGUGUCGAUGCUGUGCGUUGCCACUGUGCCCGCAGCUUUUGAGCUUGUGCAACGGUGUCUGCACUUGAAUGGGACAGAAGCUCAUGGACUUGUGUACUACAAGCCUUGCUUUGCGUCUGUUGCCAUGGACGAAGAUGGGGUGCGUAGCUCCUCCAAGGAAACAGAGCACUCGGCCGGUGGGGGUGGCCUUUUUGUUGUGUUUGGCAUCGCUGCUGCUGUUGGUGUUGGUGUGGUGCGUUUCUUCAAGGCCAGGAAGGGCAGAAAGCAGCAAGCCCAGGAGCCCCACAGAUCGACAUCUGCCAGAGGGGAGCAUGUGGUGGUCCAGUCCAGAGGAGUGAAUCUGAUGGCACUUCAGCAGCCAGCCCCAGGUGUCACCUCCGGACGAACAACAACAAGCGAGGUGGCCACACCUCAGCAAGCUGAGGCAACUGGUGACGCGGAGAACCCAUUCCUACAGGCCAAGAGAGAGAAGGACGCCUUUUUUGGUGUCACCAGCCCUACAUACGCCACAGGCCAGAUUCGGCCCGAGGGAUUCACUGACGUGAAGGCACCACAGGCACCAGCUGCAGCUGUGGCUAAACUUGCACAGGUGAAGCCGGAGGCCGUGCAGGUGCAGGCAAGGGCGGUGGGGAUGGAGAGGGUGGUACAGGACAACCGCAGUGGGAAUAUUUUCACAUCGGAUAUGGAAUCGAAAGACAGGUUCUUUGGGUCGCCACGGCCCAAAGCUGAGGCCCCGGCCCCAACAGAUCUGGACUCCAAGGAAAGGUUUUUCGGAUCGCCCCGGCCCAAGGCUGAAGAGCAGACCGUGAUGUCCAAGAUCAAGACUGUUGCCAACGAGGCUGUCACAGGCGAAAAGGACAAUGUCUUUCUGAAGACGAAGGAGGAGAAGGAUGCCUUUUUUGGGGUCACCAGCCCCACCUAUGCGAAAGGCCAGUUGCGCCCAGAGGGCUUUGACGAUGUGAAGGCCCCUGCAGCUGCUCCAGCUGUGGAGGCAGGAGUUGCGCAACUCAAGCCGGAUGAAGUGCAGGUUCAGGAGAGGGCGCUUGGGAUGGACAACGUUGUGCAGGACACCCGCAGCGGCAACAUCUUCACAGCGGACCUGGAAUCCAAGGACACUUUCUUUGGAUCACCCCAGAACAAGGCCGCAGAAGCAGCUGCAAGUACCGCAGUGGAGACGCCCCCUCACAAAGAAGAGAACGUCUUUGUGCAGUCGAAAGAGGAGAAAGAUGCCUUCUUUGGGGUCACCAGCCCCACCUAUGCAAAGGGCCCAAUUCACCCUGAUGGCUUUGGUGAUGUGCAGGCACCCGCAGCCGCUGCGGCAGUGAUGGCCAAGCUCAUGCAGGUGAAGCCAGAGAAUGUACAGGUGGAGGAGACAGCAGUUGGGAUGGACAACGUGGUUCAAGACACCCGCAGCGGAAACAUUUUUACUGCAGACCUGGAAACCAAGGACAGCUUCUUUGGCUCGCCACGGUCGAAGGCUGCAGAAACUCCCACCAGUGCCUCUGACAACACCACUGUUGUAAAGGCUGCUGCCAUCAAAGCUGGCCCAGAGGAAAAUACCUUUCUAAGCUCGAAGGAGGAGAAGGACGCAUUUUUUGGGGUCACCAGCCCCACCUAUGCCAAAGGCCAGUUGCGCCCAGAGGGUUUUGACGAUGUGAAGGCACCUGCGGCGGCUCCAGCGGUGGAGGCAGGAGUUGCGCAGCUGAAGCCGGAAGAAGUGCAAGUUCAGGAGAGGGCGUUAGGGAUGGACAAAGUGGUCCAGGACAACCGCAGCGGCAACAUCUUCGCUUCCGACUUGGAAACCAAGGAUAGCUUCUUUGGAUCGCCCCGAACGGAGUCUGGCAAUGGCGCUGGAGCUAAAGAUCCGGCACAGAGUCCCAGCCUGGAACCAGUGCAACAGGCACAGCAGAAAGCAGCUGAGUCUGUCCGUAAAACGGCACAAGAAGAGCCAGGGACUGCGGCCGCAGUGGCUGUGCAUGUGAAGGCCGGCGACCAGGGCACGGUCGCUUUGGAGCUGGACAUGAAACAGACAGCUUCCGCAGCUGAGCCACCUGCCAAAGAGGCUACGACAGCCACCUCGCCUCCAAAGAAAGAACCGAAAGUCGUGCAGGCGACCAGUAUGCCUGUGGGCGGCGGCAUGGCAGCCAAACGCGAAGGUUCCCUGCAGCCUGUCCUGGAGGAACCAGCGAAUCAGGCCCCAGAAAAAAAACCAUCUGGGGAUGCCGAUCCAGAGACUGGCAGCGUCCAGGUGCAGCCGCAAGCGGCAGCAGAUACCCACACACCUGGGGCAGACGUGAAGAAAACAACACUGCAGGGAAAUGCUGGUAAGGGCACACCACAUGGUCAGUCUCAUCGCGGCCGUGGGCGUGGCCGUGGCAGUGGGAAGAGGGGCAAGAAGUAG